AAAUAUGGAUUCACACUCCAACCUUAGGUUGGGAAUUUUAAGGAAAAUUUUAUGGAAUAUAAAUUUAUUUGUACAAACCUGUAAACUACCAUACUCAGUAAUGAACAAAUGAGGUAAAGGCAAGCCCAGUAUAGGUCAAAUAAAAUAUAAAAGAAGGAUAAAAAGUAAAAGAUGUGAAAAUUUUCAGAGAAUUUUAUUAAAAAUGGAAUGGUACCAUGUUUGGAAAGCUGAAUAUAUAAACCAUAAACAAGAACAAGACCUAGGAGUGAUAGAACCAGAGGAAUGUUUAGCAUGUGAAAUAUGUAAUCCAAUAGAAAGAGAAGUACCAGUAGUAUUCAAGAAAUUUUGGGAUGCGUUAUUUAAAUUUGAAGAUACGAUACUAAUGUACAAUAAUGUAACAUUAAAAGGAUUAUUAGACCUAGUAAGUAUGGAUAAUAAAGAAAGGGAGGACACGAUACAUAAAGGGAAAUGUAGGAAUAUAGUAGACAGAAUAAUUGAAUCAAUAAGGUACAGACAACAACCAAAAAUGAAAGAAAAAGGUUUGAGAAUAAUAAUGGUAGUAAUUGUAAGGGAUUGUAUUGAAGGGAAUCUAGAAAAUGAGGUAUUUGAUCGAUUAAUUGGAUGCCCAGAAAUAAUGGAACAUGGAUAUAUUUUAGAAGACUGGGAUGUUGAAAAUAGAUUUCAAAAGUUUUGGGAAUGGUAUAACACAAUAUUAGAAAAUGAUACGAAAGCAAAGUAUGUAGCACCAGGUGCAAUAACACAAUUUAGAAAAUUGUUAUACGUGGAAGAAAGAAUAAUCGAAUUAGGAGAAGAUGAAAUAGUGUACUUAAUAACAAAACCAGAGGUUGGAUAG